GGCGCUCUUAUUUUGAAAUGUCGUUAUACUGUAGCGUGAGGACGCCAUUUUGGAUUUUCCUCCCUGCGUGUUGUGAUGAACUUGGAAAUGUGUUUGAUAAAUGAGUGGCUUUGUUGAAGCUUUAUGGAAGUGCUGUGAAGAUGGACGAAGAGAUAACAGACGGUUACAGUGAAGCCUGUGGACAGUGUGGCUCAGUGUGUUGGGCUGUUUCUGAUGGAGGGCAGUUCUUCUGUAAAAACUGCCAUAAUGUGAUUGAGAGAACGAGAGAAGUUGAGGAUAUGAACACGUUGCCCUUCAACAGCAGGAUCUCCUCUUUAGCAUCAGGCAAACGGAAGCGGAAUGGAAGAGAAGGUGCAAGAGACUGGAUGGUAUGCGAAGGCUUUCAGGUGAUUCUAAAACUUCAGGCCGAAGCUUUGGUUGAUCUGGGCGUCUGCCCUCAGUUUAAGGCAGAUGUGUUAUGGAUUUUCUGGAAGCGAUACAUGCAGAAGACUGGACAAGCAUACACAAGAAGGCCAGUGAACAGUAUCAGAAAUUUAAUGGACUUGACCAGCAACAGUGAGGCCGAGUCAUCUGUCUGUUUCAAUGAUGCGUCAUGUCACACUGAGACUGCUUCGAUGAAGGGAACCAGCAAAGUCUCUGGAUACUCCAGUGAUGGGAGAUCUUCAGUGUGUUCGGGCUCCAUGGAUGCUGAAUAUUACUUUGGACGGAAAGAAAGGAAGAACCUGAUGAGCAUGCCCCGAACACUAGCAUUCUGCCACCUGGCUUUGCUUUGGGUCCGGGAGGCCAUCACCCUGUCGGACUUGCUCAGGUUGGUGUCUAAGGGCCACAUCCCUUAUGUUAAUGCUCAUACUCUUUUUCCUGAAGAAAUGAGAUUCUUUGGCAAGGAUGCCAUGAUCUUUAGAGUUGAGUCUAUCCCCUCUUACAAUAAGGUACACAGAGAGGCAGUGGAACUGGCGGAACUGAUAGAGCUGCCCGCUUUCCCUCCUGUGUCUCAGGACUGCCUCCUUCAUCCAGCUCUGCUCAGUCUACGCUAUUUGAUGGAUGCUAACCUUCCUGACAAACUUCAUGCAUUGGUUUGUAAAGUAAUACAGAAAACAUCUAUGGAGAAAGACUCCUUUCUGACCUUUGACCCUACUGAGAAAAAGCCUACACUUCUGUGCUAUGAUCUUCAGGCUGCAGCGCUCAUUGUCGUGACCAUGAAGCUUCUGUUCAGGCUGGACGAUAAGGUGGAGUGGAAGUUGGCCAGGAAAGCAGAUGAAAAAGGAAAUGAAAUGGACCAUGGCAAGAAAAAGAAAAAGACCAAGAAAGGAGGAAAGAUGUUUAGUUUGAGAACAUGGUUUAUGAUUGUACAGCCUACACUGGAACGAGCCAGGAAGAAAGAAAAGCAGGCUGAGGCCAUGCAACAGUGGAAAUCUAAGAAGCCCAUCAUUCCAUCUUUGAAACAUAAAACCGUCGUACUAAAACGGAGACGUGUGGUUGAGCAGCUGCAAAGCAGUUUCCAAGCUCUUUCUGGCUCAGCUCCAGAGCAGCAGGUUUCGUCCCCAUCCACCUUCCUCUUCCUUUGGGGAGACGAGGAUGGAGCUGAUGGACCCAGUCUCCGCCACAAGUGCCUGGACUAUCUGAUGAUUAAAAGGCAAAAAAUCUGGCACCUUGACAACCGUAAAUAUUGGCACACUGACUUGAGGAAGUGCCAUCCAGGUGUGUGUGGAGACCAUUUCAGGGAGCUGGAGCCUACUUUGCCCAGGAUGUAUGUGUGGUUGCUGGGACUCUUCUCUUUCAUGCUGGGAGUUGAAGACGCGCAGUUGCACAGUGCAGUCGUCCAGGUGGAGCAACGCCUACUGACAAAGCUGGGUCACAAAUAAAAACCAGAAACCCUCAGUGAAUGAAGAUGGACACUGUGUGACUGAAGGAUUGCGGCGUUUUCUUCUUGUGUGUGAACAGACACUGCCUGCUGUUACUCAUUAGAACAGAAGUGUGUGAUGCGACCUUUGUAAGGUUUACAGUCUGACACAGUUGUCUGUGUUUUUAUACUGUACAGUUUCAUAAAGCCAUUUCUUUUUUUUUUCUUUCAAUAAGUGGAAGAGUGGUUGAAAUGGAAUAUUUGUGUAUUUCCACACUGAUUUCUAAAAUCUAAAGCACAUUUUAAAUUGUAUAUGUUUUUUUUUUCUUUUGGUGUAUAGGAGCGUGGAAGAUACACUGACCAUUAUAAAUGGAUCCUGCUUUCUUAAAGUUUAUGUGAAUGAUUAUAAACCGUUUAUUUCACAGUCAAGUACAAACUUCACCUCUCAGGGUCCUGGAAUGAUACAGUUCAAUCUCUGUUAAGGGGUAUAGCGCUUACCUCUAAAAUGAGCCAGUGUACAAAAGUUACUUUUAAAAGGGCAGUUUGUAUUAUUUAGAGCUCUCUGCUGCCUGCAAGGUAAAUUAUAAUUGCAACAAAAACUCUUUCCCUUCCCUCAAGCUGAUGCUACCUUUGCUGUUGAAACUGUUUGCUGCAGAAGAGGAGAUAUAGAGAGAAAACUGAAAAAUAUAAAUGGAAACAAAAUAUGAAAUAAAGAAACUAGUGCAAAAGCAAA